GCAAUUAACCAUCUUUCUUUCUUUGAGCUUAGCUCCCUCUUAAAUCUCUCUCUCUCUCACUCUCUCUUGCAUGGAGUUUGAUACAAACAUCAGAGAAGAUCUUGGUUUCCCUCCCACCAUUUUCCUGGAAAAUUCAUUCAAACCAGAUCAAUUGGGAAAUGGGUUCGCCUCUAUGGAAGGUUUUCCUUCUAAAGGAGUAAUAUAUCAAGACACUCACCAUGUUGAUCAGUUUUCCAUAGAGGGGUCUUCAUCAAGUCCCUUUUUUGGGCUUUCAACUCCUCGUUUCAAUACCUUUGAAGCUUAUGCAAAUAGGCUUUCUUCAUCUACUUCUUCAAGAAAUUUUAAUUUGUCAACCAAGGUUAUGCCUUCUACAAUGGUUGGUGGAAAUGGGAGUGGAAGUCGAAGUGGUAGUGGUAGUGGAAGUGGAGUAAAGUAUGAAUUUCAUCAGGUGAUUAGAGGCUUUUUGGAUCAUCAUCCUUCUCCUCGUCAGAGGAUUAAUCCAGCACAAAAGGAGCAAAGCCUGCCGAUAUAUCCUGCAUUGGUUAAUUCUCAAGAUAUCAGAUCUAUGAGCACCUGCAUGCUGCCUGAUGAUCAGGUUUCAUGCAUUACUGCAGAAAAUGGGCAUUACAAGGAAGCUGAUCUGAAGAAGGGGAGGUUGCAGGCAAAAAGGAAAGGCCAAGGACGUGAGAAAUCCGAUGUAAUUAAAGGCCAAUGGACUCCUGAAGAAGACAGACUGUUGGUGCAGUUGGUAGAAGAGUUUGGGGUGAAGAAAUGGUCUCAUAUUGCUCAGAUGCUAAAUGGAAGAGUAGGGAAGCAGUGCAGAGACAGAUGGCACAAUCAUUUAAGACCUGACAUUAGGAAGGAUACGUGGACAGAGGAAGAGGACAAGAUACUAGUUCAAGCCCACAUAGAUUUGGGGAAUAAAUGGGCAGAAAUUGCAAAGAGGUUACCAGGAAGAUCUGAGAACACCAUAAAGAAUCAUUGGAAUGCAACCAAAAGAAGGCAAUUUGCGAAGCGUAGAAGCAGAAAACAUCCCAUGAACACUCUAUUACAGAACUACAUCAAGAGAGUGACAAAUUCAUCUUCAACAAAAAUGGAUCAAACAAAAAGCACGUGCUCAGGAUCUAACGUGAAUGGGGUUGAUGCAAUGAUUCCACAAGUACUUCAACAAGACUCUGUGGAUUUCAGCCCUGGAGAUCAGCAAACUGCUGGCCCAACUAAUAGUUACUAUGGUUUUGGUGACGAGAUGAUGGAAUUUCCUUUUGAUACGAACAUGUUUUCUGAAAAAUACAGCAGUUUUGGGCAUAUGCUUGGUGAUCAUGAGAUGCCUUGUGGUUCUGUUGUUGAUGAGAGCAACAAUAUGAACUUCAAUGUGCCAUUUGAAAUUGAUAAUCAGGGCAGAGUGAAGAAGGAGAUGGAUUUGGUGGAAAUGCUCUCUCAAAGAAGGCUUUAAGCCCUUAUGGUGUGUCUGGAUCCAGAAAAAUGUGCAUCUGCUGAACUAUCUCAAACAUAUACCCCAAGCCUUCAGAUCUUCUCCAAAAUGUACUUGGCAACAAUUAAGGAGCUGGGUAUUAUGGAAUUAACAUCAUUCUUUUUAUAUACAUCUGCAUAUAUAUAUAUGUGUGUGUGUGUGUGUGUGUUUUCUAUGCUUUUUGUUUAUGAAGGGUUUUAAAAAAAAGGAAAAAAAAUGUUCAUGAAAUUAAGAAGCAGAGAGUCUGUUAAUUGUAUUAAAAUUUAAUUACUUAGAAUGCAUGUUCAUCUUUUACAUAGAGAGCUAAGGUAACUCAAUCAGAAAUUUGGCAAGAAGUGUUUAUGUUUGC